GAAAUCGGCAAACAUUUGCGUGGGCCAGACCUGUGUACAUAUUUAUUAGGUGUAGUCGAAUAACAAAUUGUAAACCCGUAGCCGUAUAUGACGUGUCUGGAAUAUUCAUUCUUUGUUGUAGAAUUAUGUUUCAGCACCUAUUAUAGCACAAAAGCGUCCAAAUGACUCCAUUUCAGUUGAAACCGUAGAGUUGAUAAAAGACAGGGCACGUGCUAUUGCUGAUUAUCCAGAGGACGAAUUCAGUGCUUUAGUGUUGAGAGCCCGCAACUUUAGCCUGGCAAAGAACAGGGACAAAAUGUCCUAUGAUGUGACUGCCACCGGGAUGUACAAAACAGAGGACAGGGCAUCGAGUGAGGACAACGAUGACGACUUAGACAGGGUUCAGCUCCGCCCAUUCGGUGGUUGUCCAAUGGCGUACCCGUCAACAUCUUACAGCAGACGCCAAGAGUCGUGUAUCAUAGACAUGGAACAAGUUGAUAAACGCACUGACAAUGAUUCUGGUAUCUGUAAUUCUAGUAAGACAACCACCAGUGUUGGAAGUUACUCCGAGCACGAGGAUAGCGAAGGUGAUGAGCGAGGGUGUUUUGACUACUACCCCUCUACCGUCAAAAUCACACCAACAACAACUUAUCAUCUGGACUAUGAUGAAGCUCACGAGGUGGAUUCUGAUAAAAAUGACAUCGAAUCGCCGCGGAGUGGUAAGGGCAGUGAUAGUGAACCAACAUUUCAGGGAGUUCAGAUGAGGACUUAUUCUCGCCGGACAAUUCCCAAUGAUGACGAUGACUUUGAAACUGAUGACGACAGUGACUCUGAUUCCAGAGAUCUUCACCAGAGGCUGUACGCCAGGAGUGACCGAAGGCGUCAUCAAAACUAUUACACACCAAUGACCCGCGAAAGUUGUGAGGAUUACGAAAACAUUAGCACCUCAACUUUCUCUUUUGAAAAAAGUCAGAGGGCACUUAAAGAAAGAUCGGGAUCUUCUCUACGGGAUGUUGAUGAACAGAUUAAUUUUCCUAUGUAUAGCAGACAUUCCCCUUACAUUGGCAGCACUAGUAGUGAACAUGUACGUAUUGAGAAAAAGAGUUAUCAGCGUGGAGGGUAUGGGAGUGAUCCCCCGUUUGGCCAGGGUUUGGACCAGCUUAAUAAGGUGGGGAGUUCUAUCGGAGAGCUCAUCUCUAGCACCAAGCACACAGUAGACGGUAUGCCUGAGGGACGGCCCAUCUCACAAAGCCUAGAUCUUGCUGCUGAGGAUGGAAAAAAGAAGAAGAAAAAGAAAAGAGGUUCUAAAGAUGAUUUAGAUGACAAAAGCAAGAGAAGACUGGAUUAUAGUGACACAGAUGAAAAUGGAAAUCCUCAUACACCACUUCUUCGAAACGAGUACAUGCACAUGAGAGAAGGUCCGAAUUCUCCUGGCUCCUCCGUGUACCCAAAAUCCACCAGAUAUGAUUCAAUUGAAAGGUUUCCGGCUUAUUUAAACAGGAUAGAAGAUUCCUCCUCUACUUCUAAUCAAGAGGCCACAAAGAAACGCAAAAAAACCAAGAAAGACAAAACAGUAGAAACCAUCCGAAAAUCGGAGGAAAUUGAAAACUAUCAAGGUUCUAAAGAAAUUGACGAAAUAUUGUCAUUUAUUGAAAACGAUGGCACCGGGCGAAAACCCAAAAAGGUGUCCAAUAAUGGUACAGUGGACGUUAAUCCUGUCAAAUCUACAGACAAAAAUAACAAGAAGAAUAAAGAGAGAAAGUCGAAGGUAACAGCAGGAGACGUCAAAUCUUCAGACAAGAAGGAAAAUAAUUCCGAGAAUAGUGUGAAGGAAAGCUCCGAGGAGAAUCGGGAACAUUCCGAAACCUGUAGGAUAGAAAUGGGAAAUUCUAAUGAAAGAUUCAGCUCACCAGAAAUAAAGACUGACGACUGCCAAGGGGAUAUCAAGGACCGGAAUCACAUUAUUGUUGAUAAGUGUGUUAUGGAGGACAGUAAACUGGAAGGUGAGAUGAUGAAUGGGGACAUUACUUUUACUGAGGAAGAGGCUGUGGCGAUUUCCAACAAGAAAUUAAAAAGUUUGGAACCAAAGGGAGAGAAGGAGUUAAUGAACCAUAAAGUGGAAAGUGAGAAUGCUGAAAUAAUUGAUACUUCUGGUAAAGUGACCAAGGACCCCCAAACCGACACAAAUCUUAACAAUAUGAAACAAAACAACAUGAAAAAUUCCAAAAAGAAACACAACAUAGUGUCUGACAAUAAUAAAAAAGACAAUGUUAAAAACUCUGGUGAAAAAGAGCCAGAGGAAAAGAUGGUGGAACAUAAAAGUGACCCCAAAAGUAUUGUGUUGGGAGACACUGAGGAGGUAGAUAAAGAGAGUGAUUACUAUAUCUUCACAGACCUGGACCUUCCCAAACCAGUGGAGGAGGAAUUCCAGGUCGUAGGAAAAAAGAAGAAAAAGGGUGUCCCUGUCUCCGUCAAAGAAAUCGUGAGCAAGGAUGCUACUACCACCCAGCGUGUUCCACUGAGGGAGGAGAGGCGACGACCCCAGAGGUCCAUCACCCCGCCCCCCACCUCCCUCGUCAACUCCCUUGCCAUGGAGGACGAGAGAAACAGAAUGAGGGAUCUCAGUCCAUCAUCCUUCCCGGCUCUUGGUGCUGGAAGACAGGGAAGACAGUCUUUCAGAGAUGGUCGUCGCAGUUCAACUGGGGACGUACCAAAGGAAAUUCUUAUCAAACCUCAAGACGACAGUGAUUUGGAGUCAGUAAAAUCACUCCCUGCAUCAGCACAGGCCGUGUCUCCCAGACUCCAGAUUUCAUAUGCAAAGAUGGCCGCCUCCCCGAAGCCAAACAGUUUGGUGUCCACAUGUCCUGACGAGGACUCUGAGGACCCCAGUAAUGUGUCUGUUGACUUAAAAUCGGCCAUUUGGAAGGGAAGUCUUACAGAGAGGAGGCAUUCAAUUGGUUCUAGUCCAGAGGGUAAAGAAAACGAAGGCUCUUCCAUUCGUCAGAAAUUCGGAAGUCAGGAAUUGGUCAAACCAGAAAAAGAGGAAGGUCUGUUCAGCUCUACACAGUUACCUUGUUCACCUGAGAAAUCACCUUCUGUAGUGGAGAGUGUGAAAUCAAACUCUUCUCCCAAUCCCUCUGUGGAUAAUAGUGCUGCCAUUGACAGUGUAACUGUUACAGACGCUGUGUCGAACACUAGUGUGACUAAAGCUAGUGAUAGUGAAUUCAAUGAACCUCUGGAGAGUUACUCUAUAAAAAACACUACCCAAGUGACUGUAAACAUGGUAAAGAAUCAAGGUGCAAACAAUCAGAUAUUCUCUAAAAUUAAGGUGACAAAAUCUAGUUGUGAAGCCUCAAAAACAAGCAAAUCACAAGUCUCCUCUAAACAAAAAGUUAGUGCAAAAAAGCAAGCAAAAUCUGUCAUUUUCUUGGACAGGGGUGAGAAAGAACAUGAGAACUUGGAUAUUGUGUUUGGAUUUGAUCCUCAACUGGAAGUGGAGGAACCAAUGGUGUCUGUAUCAAAUUCUGUUUCAAGCAGUAGUUUACAUUCCGCUGCAGGGUUAGCCCAAACUAAGUCUAGUGAAAAUCUAAGUGUUGACUCAAACAGUUCAAAAGAAUUGCCCCGUGUUCCCGUGGUGCACUCCAGAAGUGUCACAAACAAUUCUAGUUACACAAAUACCAAGGACUACAAACACUCGGUUAGAAAUUCCAAAUCAGCAACUUUUCCUUUAGAAGGGAAGAACGGAGUGAAAUCAAUUAGCACCUUAAUUUUCUCCCCUGAUUCCAAGCACCCUUCUGCUCAGCAGUUCUCGUUUAUCAGUGAGGACACGUGUACCCCCACUGUGAGUGAUAUGAUCUCCAGUGAAGCCCCCAGUGAGGAGGGAUAUGUGACAGUGGUUUAUGGGGAAGAGUGUAGUGCAGUGUUGGGGGCAGAGUCCAGACAUCCCCCACCGCAAAUCAGAUAUCGGAAAGAGACCGGGGAUAUUCUAGGGUGCUUUAAUAGGGUGGAUGUAACCAGCUAUCUUAUGAGAGAGUGGGAGAUUGUAAUGAAUUUGAAAGAGAAAAAUCCAGGGAGCAUUCUCGUCCUUAACCAGCACUAGGCCUGCUCUGCUCUUAGCUUCAUAUUGCCUUACCCCGCCAUCAUGUGUUGCUUGGAUUUUAGUUUUAACCAUUGUUAUUAGAGAGUCAAAUAAUUUAUCUCACUUUUUUGAUGUUUUUGUGGAUGAUCAGUAUUUUUAUAUCACAUGUGUAUCGAAAAAUGGAACUUUGAUGAAAGCAAGUUUUUGUUUCAUUGCAUUAUGUACUUUUUGACAAAACAUAAAAAACCAUCUAUGAAUGAACUCAACAAAAUGACAAGAAAUAUCCAGUUGUAUGCUGUUUUGUAUAAUCUAUCAUGUAUAUUUGCAUACAUUCCAAGUGACGUACAUAUUUGGAAUCUCUGAUGGGGUAAAUUUAGGGAUAGGUAGAACAUUCUAUUUAUGAUUUUGGGAUUUUGGGGGAUAGUGUGUCAUGUAACUUUUUUCUUGUUUUUCAGUAGAAUAUUAUUUCAAUUUUUCCUUCAUGGCUGAUGCUUUUUCCCCCAUAUAUUAAGCUUCAGCCAAGCUAUAUUUAUUGUGUUGAAAAAUUAAUAAGAUUCUCCAGAUGACAAAACUGCAAACUGAUAUGAUAGGAAUUAAAAUAGGAGGUUGAUGCUUUCAUGUAAAACAAAAGAUUGGCUUUUUUUAAAUAUAGAUUUCUUAUCAUAUUUGUAAGCUUUCUAUGCUUAACAUUCCUUGAUACUGUGUAAAAUAAAAUGCAAUAUAUGGAAAUGAUGUGAUAGAAAAGUUGAACUUUUAUUGUGUUCCUGAAACAAUUCACCUUUUAAUGUAAAACUUUGUUUCUUUUACUUAUUUCAAACUGUUAGAGAAGGUGAAAUGUCGAUCCUUCCUAGCAUAUUACUGAUUGCUGGAAGCAUUGUUUAUCAAAGGAAAAAUAGUGACUAGAAGUAAAUAUUGAAUGUGAAAUUUUAACUUACAAUGCCAAAAAAAUGGUGAAGAGAGACCAGUAAUGCUUCUUUGACAGUGCUUUGUAUGAAAUUGAUUGGUCCUUUGUUAAUGAACCGCUGUGACCACCAAGGAUGCUUCAUGGGUUCAAAGGUCAGCAGGGGUCAUCAGAGCAGGCAUAGGUGUGUCUUAUUGAAAAAGAACUGUUACAGACUGUGGAAAUUCAGGGAGGAUAACUCCGCAGUCUGUGAGAAUUCAGGGGAGAAUACUCUUAUUCUGUGGAGACAUUGGAUGAAGUUCAUUAAGUUGAGACUGAAAGUUGUGGUGUUAAGUUGUCGGCAUAAAAUCAGGCCUGACCAUAGACUUCAGUCUUGUAAACAAAGUCCGGAGAGAAAGUAUUAAAAUGAGAAGAUGGGAGGAAAUAGAUCCGAGGAAUAUAAUAAUUGGUACCAGCUUUAUAAAAGUUUCUAAAUAUUGUUCUUCUUUUGUUUACUCCAGCAGUCGGAAAAAAAACAAUGGAUUAAUCAAAAUGAUCUAUGCCAGAAAUCUUCCUGACACUUUUUUGGUUUCUUCAUCAGAUGUGUUACAUGUGAUUAAUCAUGUGAGUGUCUGCCAUGUGUAAGAGAGUCAGUAGUGGGAUCUAGUCGUCUAUGGCACAUCUACAUGUAUUCUCCUGGGUAUCACAAACCUUGAUAUUUGGGCUUUAUGUCAUGGAUCACAAUGUUAUUUGCUAUUUGUUUCAUUGAAUUAUAUUUAUUUUGUGUAUGCUAUUGUUUUGAAUUUGUUCAUAUUUUGCCAUGAAUGGUCUGAAACACCGUUUACAAGGGUGCUGACAGGGAAUUAUCUAUGGUAACACUGGGGGAUAACACUGUUAUUUCAGACUUAAAUUGUAAAUUUUAUCUUUUUAUGAAAAUUGUCUUGCCAUGGUAGAUGAUCCUUUUCCAAUUUUCAAAUGCCUGUUUUUCAUACUUGAAUAUUGCUAACAUUUCUAAUUAUAACAGGUUCAUAAGCAAAUGGAAUAGAGUUUGGAAUUUUUGUAAUUUAGAUUGUUUACAAACAAAGAUAAUCCUGCAUUAUUGACAGUAUCAAUCACCACCCCUGUCAGCAUGUUUGUGAUGUGUUGUGUAAAUGCCCAGCCAUCAAGGACAUUUACACUGAGGCAUUGUUAUAUGUAGCUUUUAGGUUUGAUUUUUUUUUCCCCUUUAUGCUUAUUAAUUUUUUUUUUUUUUGAUACUGUUCUGUUUUGUAAUUUUUUUCCGGCAUAUUUCAUGUCUAUUGAAAAUUGUUAUUGCUAUGAAUGAUUGUAUGUGUGGUACUUGAUUAUUUGUUUAAGAAAAAAAAAUUGUCAUAUGAUUUGUUCAAGUGUUGAAAACUUUCUAGGAUGAUGUUCAAAUUUUAUAUAUAUACAUGCAAAGGGGAGAUGUUUUGAAGUCCCAGUUCUUUGUCUUUAUACAAGAAGGUACUUAAAACUGGAAAAGAUGGGAUUCAGAUGGUAAAUAAGAACACCAGUUUCAACUUUUUCAAAAUUUGCACAAGAAGUUAUCUUUCAGUAAACUAAAAACUUCAAAAAGUAACAUGAAAUUGGAAAACAUGUAAUCUGCUUACAUAAGAUUCAGAAAAUUUAAUGUUUAUAUGUCAACUUUGAAUUAUUGUUUUAUAUAAAAGUUGUACAGGUUUUCAGGAAAUUUUCUAUUGUAAAAAAAAAUAUUUUCUUUUAUUUUUCAGUAACAUCAAAUAUUAUUGGUUUUCAGUUUUUAUAUAUAUUGAAUCACCAAACGGGGGAAGAUUUAAUUAUGUUUAUAAGUUUGAUAAUGAACAAACUGAAAUUUGUAUUUUUGUUAAGAUGGUUACAGAGAUAAAUUUUUGAGAUAAUAUAACCAGUGUGACUGGUGGAAUUGUUCCAAUGCUACGUUCUCUUGUUUGUGAUGAGGACCUCACUGCCAUAAGAUCUAACAGUUUGUAUAAUCAGCGGAACAAUGUAGAGAUGCUCAACAUUCAGUGUCAGGGGCACAAUGUGUCAGGUUAUUAACAAUAAAGAUUACUUAUAUCA